AUGACGGAACAGGAAGAAAAACUAAGCAGCGGAAGAAAAGCGACAGCAAGAAGGGGCCACUUCACCGGCAAACAACAGCCCGUCGACAACGAGAGCGUCGAAAACGUUCGAAGGGAACGACUGCAUUUACUGACGAUUCCACUGUUUAGUGAGGAGGAAGAGAUCAGCGAAGAGUACGACGAUUGGGAUGGCAAUAUCCACACAUACACCUCGGGUAGUCGGCAUGAACACAACCGGAAUCGUACAAACAGCGCUGAUGCCGGUCAUAUUUUCAGACCGGCAGAUAAAGGAACGAAUACAUCGAAAUACACUCCUCGACCAGAAAGAAAGACACGAUCACAGAGCUUCUCCGAACGACCAUCACGACGGUACUCGAUUCAUGGAACAGUCAAAGAGCAUGCGAUGUUGAGCAAGAGGAAUUCGAUGGGCUCGGCGACAACGAACAACACGAACAGCUCCACUCCAUCCCUCACCAACGGUAAACACGAUCAGGAAAUCUACAAAGCCGUCAAUGAAUACUACGACCGUCAUGCGAACAGUUUUGUGAAUGGUAAGAAUGUUCUGGAUCAGAAAUUCUAA